AUGGAAGUGGUUAAUCCCAACGCUUUGCAAUUAAGUAAUUUCGAAGUUUUUAAUUUACUCAGACAAAUAAAGGGUCAACAUAAAAAGAAUAGUCAAAGUCAGCUGGCUACUAUAACCUAUGAGACUACAAAAUAUUUGGAAGACAAACCUUGUGCAUCUCAAUCUGAGGAAAGUGUUCAACAAUACCUGAAAGCAUUUCUAGAACAUCAAAUUCCAUUGUCUAAAGCAGAAAAGCUUAUGUUUGUUAACAAUCCACCAACCACACCUUUAGAAAUUCAGUUGGUUGUAGAAGAGAGUGAAGAAAGAUUAACUGACAAUCAGGUAGAGAGCCUUGUACAAAUCACAUGCGAAGUAUUUGGUGAAAAACCUCAAGAAAAUUCUAAUUAA